AUGUCCAAGUCAGAGUCUCGGGAUUUUUAUAACGAUUCGCAAUUCCUAGAGGCAUCCCCAAAUACCUUUAGACGAGCUAUAACAGAGCAGUUCCACAACACUCGAGCUAACAGCAACAGUUCUCUAUUCCAAGACCCGGAAAACUUUGACGACGUGUCCGAUCAAUUUCCUAUAUUAAAAAGGGUUAACCAGGGAGCGGUCGAGAACGUCGAGGAAUUGAGUGGAACGCAUAUUGCUAACGAAGUCGUGGUUUAUUCUCCAGUCAACAGCGACGGAGUAGGGGUUGGGAUAGAAGUCAACUUGGAGAGUGAGAGAAAGACAGAAGUCUUUGUUAACGACACUAACAAAAACGUCGAAAAUACAAAAAACAUUAAUAUAAAAACCAUGGAGAAUGUAGAUAAUGUAAAGAAUGUUGUGAAGGCGAACGGGGACAAUGAACGAAAGAGAAAAAAAAAGUGGAAGCGGAUAUGCUGUGUGAUUUUUUGGCCAUUCUAUCCUUGUUUCUGGCGUAAGGGGGAUAAAGUUCUGCCAAUGUCAAGAACUGACAUUGAGCUAAAUCAGACGAUCCAGGACAAACGAAAGAUCAAAAAGAAGCGUAGAAAUUGCUGCUUAAUAAUACUUUUAAUUAUUAUAAUACUUUUAUUACUCGGUAACAUUGUUGCAUUGGAUGUUCGAUCAUUCCAACCUCCCCUUAAUUCAGUCAAUUCCACGGAUACCACCAAUACUACUGCUCCUCCUCCCGUUCAAGUCAAGAACGCCGUUUGCGUUUCACUCUUUAGCGCUUUUGCUUUGCAACCACAACAGUUUCCGUGCGAUUUCUGCGCCAGUGGUUCAGAUGUGGCCCCCAACAUCACAGACUUUUGCGUGUUGAAAGGGAUAUGGGCCAAUGCGGUUAAUGUGACUUCGAUAGAGACCGUGGCUGGCUGGAUGAGGAACAAUGAAUUUUGUAGAUGGGUUGGGGUGACGUGUGAUCAGGGAGGAAGGGUUGUAGUGUUACAGUUAAGCUUCCCCAAUGUACCAAAUGUUUUUAUAGACAAUUUGGGCAACUUGGAGAAAUUAUCAUCUCUAAAGAUCACGGGUAAUUCUCUAGCUCCAAGCGGCGCAUUUCCAACAAGUCUGUUUAAUCUCAAGAACCUGGCUACUAUCAGGCUUGAGCUGACCGCUCUCUCUAAUAUGCCAGACACAUUCGAUAAGCUGUCUUCCUUGACAUCUUUGCAGUUGAUACGAAAUCCAUCAUUAGGCAGUACGUUUCCGAGCUCCGUUGCGUCAUUGUCUUUGAAUACUUUGGCAGUCUCUGGCCAGAAUAUAGGGGGCGCAAUACCCGAUGUUAUUGGAAAUAGUGUGACUUUGCAAUCAAGUCUGCAAUCUUUGGAUUUGAGCUUUAAUCAGUUUACUGGAACUGUGCCGGCCUCGCUUCUGCAACUGAAAUCUUUGACGUCUCUAACGCUUGGUAGAAAUCAGCUCUCGGGCCCUAUUCCUGCUCUCCCGACAACCCUAACUACGUUAGACCUUAAUACGAAUACAUUUUCGGGAUCGAUUCCAACCUCCUUGACGCAAAUAACCGGAUUGACCUUCUUAUCCUUGCAGGCGAAUUUAUUGACCGGGCCUAUUCCGACUUCAAUUACGCAGCUAACGAAAUUGACUGAUCUGUCACUGCAGAGUAAUAAGCUUAGCGGUGGAAUACCUGACGGUAUCGGUAAUAUGAAUAUACUUAGAUUGAACCUAGCAUCUAAUGUACUCACAGGCCAG